GAAAAUAUUUAUCACUGGUUGUCAUGAUUGACCUUAAUCGAAAAAACACAUACCUGCUGAUUGGACUGUGAUUGAUUGACGCAGGAUUAUGUAACUUAAGCACCUAACCUACGUAUCUGAACAGAAACAUGACGUAAAUGGGUUGUUUGGUUAAAUAGGAAACAUAGCGCAGAAAACAGUUUUCGGCUGGUAAUUCUGAGCGCAUCAUUCAUAACCACAAAUCGCAUACCCAUUAAUUGGCCGAUACUGGUACCACACAUACAAACGGCAAAAUUAUUUCUGGACCACACUAUUCGACACGGAUUACAAAUGCCUGGUAAGCAUUCCGAGCGAGCCUCAAGGAGCAUGAGGACCGGGCUGUCUGGCGGCCUGGGUUUCGACCUCGAACCAGAUCGUGGUCUCAGUCCCGUGGGGGAGGGGUACUCGCGGAAGGUCCAGGAGCUCGAGCUGACGGACAUGCGCAGUGGCAGUUCCCGUCACGCAGAAAAUGAACAAUAUGAAGUAUCUGGUGUAUUGAAAGAGAAUGAAAGUGAAAUCGUUAUCAGCACAAGCCCGAGUCAAAGGAAAACCAAUCAAAAGUGCAUUCCUGUGGAUGGCACUCAUAACAACGGGGAUAAUGAAAAAGCCUUAACGCCGAAUACUCGUUCAGCGUCCAAACCAGGAAAUGGGGACAGAAACUGUAGUGAAGUUUCAGCCGAGUACCGAACAUAUAGUGGAAUCUCAAGUGCGUCGUCUGAGGUUGACAUUCCGCUGCCUGCCUUUAGCCGGAUGUCGGACACCUCCAUAGUGACGCACACGUCCGAGCCGACACCGGAAGUGGAUGAAAAUGGGUUCGACUUCUUCUGUUUUGACCACGGCAUUCUGGUGACAAGAAAGGAAGCAGUGGAGCACACCGAGUGUGAGAAUCUAAUUCCGGCACAAGAGUGGGCCGAGGCACAGACCGUGGAGCGAGACCGCUCCGUCGUGGAGACGAGACUCAUGCAGUUUGACAUGUUUGCAGCUCGGAUGGUCGAGGAUCGACAGGAAUUGCAGAAGCAGUUAGACAAUCAAAAAGACGAGGUGACGGAAAACUUUUUGGACGUCAUGGAGGACUUGAUCGCGCACCUGCUCAAGAAGCAGCAGCAGUUCAUGUCGCACGUGGCCGAAGUGCACCUGAAACAGAGCAGGGGAAUCGACGAACAGAUCAAGCGUUGUCAGCGGGUACAGAAGGACACCAGGGCCUUCAUGGACCAACUGGCGAAUUGUGAGGUCGGCAGCGAGAAGUUCAAGUCUCUGAAGAGAACGAUUCAGGAGAAGUGUCCUGUGUACGAGGAAAUCCUUCGCCUCGACUUCAACAACUCUACGCGCCUUACUUAUGAGUAUCGACAGAACCCCUUGGUUGAGCAGGUGUUCGGUAAACUCUCGAGCCUCGGUGACGUCAUAGUUCGGCCGCAUCCAUCGACGCUUCCCGGCUUUCUCUCCGCAUCCGAAGUUAUCGAAUUCGCGAAGAAGUCCAUCAAUAUGGUGUCCGUUAAUGAGGGCGCCAGUGUGAAUGAUGAAAACAAGUGUUGCUUCACCGGCGGUACAUUCAUUUCCGGCGGUCGACUGAUUCUCGCUGACUGGAACAACGGUUGUCUGAAGUUGUUCAACAAGAAUGCCAUUCCGACCCACCGCCUUGCUCUGCCUAACGCUCCCUGGGACGUAAAGCUGCUGUCAUACGACCAGGUGAUCGUCACCGUACCGGGCGACAAGCUUGUCUUAAUUGUACAGUGCAGCCUCGACAAGGGGAUGGAAAUAGUGACCACGUUCCAAACAGACGCCGAGUGCUGGGGCGCGGCACCGCUCAACGGCGACCUUGUUGCUAUGACAACGGACCCUUGGAGUCGGUCACCAAUUAUAAAGGUUUACACCCUAAAAGGCAAACUGACGUCAUUCUACGAAAAGAACGGUAGCGGCGAGGCCUUGUUCACCUAUCCAGAGCAUAUCACGACAGACGCCAGCAAGGAGGUCCUCUACAUUUCUGACUCAAAGAAGAACUCGGUGAUAGCUCUGACCUUGGGUGGCUGUCUUCUCUUCCGCUACUCACAUAAGGAUCUCCGUUGCCCAAGCGGCUUGGCCGUAGACACGCAAGGAAACCUGUACAUUUGCGGAAAAGAAUCCAACAACAUUCACCAAGUGACAUCAUCCGGUCAGUUGGUGCGGAUUCUGCUGCAGAACGAGGUUCAGUCCCCGCGAGCUAUCUGCAUGGGAGAAGGGGAGCGCAUUCUGCUCACCAGCGUGAAUUGUGAUACGUGUAACGAGUUCCUCGUGGUGCAAAUGGAGUAGAAGCGGUAAUAAAAUAUGUGUGCUUUUCUGUGAAAACUGGGCAAAAUGCAUGUGCGUAAGUGUCAUCCCAGAAUAGCCUGUGCAAACUGGAUUUUCGGUAAGGAGGGACUUUCUUGAAAAUAAAAAUACCAUAACAGAGGAAAGUGUCGUCCCUGAUUAGCCUAUGCGGACUGCACAUGCUAAUCUGGGACGACACGUUACGCACAUGCAUUAAGCCCAGUUUUCUCAGAACACGACUCAUAUUUGGAAGUAAGUGAUGAAUUGACAUUCAUGGAUGUGCAUACCCGGUCUUCACAAAGCAGACAGUCUGAAUAAGCAAACGUGACCCAUCCAUGUCAACCAUAUAUCGUGUCGGCAGAAAACACUUAUAUUAUACGCAUGUUAUACAAUCUGUCUGGAAUGUAUGACUUUUUUCCAGCUCUUUGUAAAUUAUAUGUUUGUAUAUAUUGAUAUUCAUUUAUUUUUAUAAUGUUUGCUUGAAAAAGUUGGAACAUAUUUCCGUAAGUUGCUAUUAAGUUUGCAAUUAUAUUAACUACAUUCGAUCCGAUUCGC